AUGAUAGCUUGCCUAGAGACUAGAGUCAAACAACAAAGAGCAAAAGCAAUACAGAGGAAGAUGGGUGCUGAUUGGAAGUUCAAGGAUAACUAUGCUUAUGCACCAAAUGGUAGAAUUUGGAUAGGUUGGAAAGUAGCAAAUGUUCAAGUCACAAGAAACUUGAAGAAUAUUCAAAGUAAUGGACCUUGGCUUAUAAUAGGUGAUUUUAAUAGUGUGCUACAUGUGGAUGACAGAAUGAAUGGAGUCCCAGUUCAUCAAACAGAGAUAACUGACUUUCAAAACUGUAUUGAUGAUAUUGGGGUGGGGCAUUACACAAAAAGAGGCUACAAAUUCUCAUGGAGCAAUAAGAGGGAUGUUGAUAUCAGAAUUUAUAGUCAUAUAGAUUGGGCUUUUGGGAAUGCUGAUUGGUUCCAACAGUAUAAUGGUGUGGAGGCUAUCUACAUGUUACCAGGUUGCUCAGAUCACUCAUCUAUAAUGAUUAAUACUGAUGUUGUUAAGUUGAAAGUGAAAGAGCCUUUUAGAUUACUAUCUACAGUGAUGCAAUUACAAGAGUAUAAAGAGGUAGUACAGGCUACUUGGAGCCAACAGAUUCAAGGUCACUCAAUGUAUUCAAUAUGGAGGAAGUUGAAGCUAAUAGAGUUACAAACUAGGGGCCUUCAACAGGAACACUUCUCGGUAGAUCAAAAACUAGAUCAAUUGAGAGACACUUUGAAGGAGCUACAGGGGAAGCUUAAUGAAGACUAUUUCAACAAGUUACUGAUUGAAGAGGAAAGGAAUACCUUGGCACUUAUAGAGAAAUGGGAAGCAAUUCAGGAAUAA